AUGAUCCAGCAGCAGGCGCAGUUCGUGGGCAGGCAGGGGUCUCUAUUCAUCGAGGCAAGGCUGGACAAGGAGACGGCUGAGCUGGCACACGGCUGCACCGUGGCCUGCCUGUUUGUCAACGACCUGUGCGACGGGGAGGUGGUGGACAAGCUGGCGCAGGGUGGCGUCAAAGUCAUCGCCAUGCGCUGCGCGGGGUACGACCGUGUGGACCUGGCCGCCUGCCAGCGCCACGGCAUCCGCGUGGUGCGCGUCCCCGCCUACAGCCCCCGCUCCGUGGCGGAGCACGCCUUUGCGCUGGCCUUUGCGCUGGCCCGCGAGCUGCGCAGCCAGACGCAGCGCGUGUCGGCGGGCAACUACACGCUGAGCGGCAUCGUGGGCAUGGAGCUGAGCUUCAAGACGUACGGCGUGGUGGGCACCGGCAACAUCGGCAUAGAGAUGAUCAAGCUGCUGCGCUGCCUGGAUGGGCGAGUGCUGUGCUACGACCCAUACCCCAGCGAGGAAGCCAAGGCGCUGGGCGUGCAGUAUGUGCCCCUGGAGGAGCUGCUGCAGGAGAGCGACCUCAUCACCCUGCACUGCCCCCUGUUCCAAGAAACCUUCCACCUUAUGAACGAGGAGCGCUUCGCCCUGCUCAAGCCCAACACCAUCCUGGUGAAUGUGUCGCGGGGCGGGCUGGUGGACACCAAUGCGCUCAUCACCGCGCUGGAGGACGGCAAGCUGGGGGGGGUGGCCAUGGACGUGUACGAGAACGAGGGCAACCUCUUUGAUGCCGACUUCACCGAGCUGACCACCAAGGCUCGCAUGAAGCUGUGGGACAAGAGGUUUGCGUACCUCAAGUCGCUGCCGCAGGUCAUCAUCACCCCUCACUCCGCCUUCCUCACGCGGGAAGCUCUGAAGAACAUCGCCGACACCACGGUGCAGAACGUGCUGGAGGCGGUGGCGGGGGGCCCGCUCACAAACGAGGUCAAGCCCCGACGGCCCAGCCUGUCGUGACCAUGGCCUGAUGGAUGGCGUGCAGCCGGGACACAGAUGAAUGCGGGAGGGUCGGAAUGACAGGAGGGAACUGCUCGCCGCUGCAUGAGCUCUGCCUUUUGUCACCACCCGCUGUCCGCAUGGCCGCCUUUCCUGCUAGAACAGACCUUGCCCCAACCCUUUGGGCCUACUCGUCAUGCAGCUCACAAUCUUUUGUCGCUCCCCAUUCAGCUCUUCUGCCGCACUGCAUUUCAGUCCCAUUUGUCAGAUUUUUGUACAGAUCGCCGGUUGGUGGCGCCAGGAUAAGGUAAAGACGUGG